AUGCACGACUUUGUAUCCCACAUCCUACGACAAUACUUCCAGGCUACAUCAUGGAACGAGUACAACUCCUACCUCCAUCUUACCUCUUCUUCCUCGGCGAUCCUUGAUUUUCGCGUUCCCACCGGUCUAUCCCUUUCGAUAUCCGCUUCUCCAACCCCGCCGUUCUUUACAACAUACCGAUUGGGUGCGCUACCGAACCUUGGUGCUGGAAUUGGGUAUAUCUAUGCCAGUACAAGGGAGCCGAUUGACUUUGGGAAAAGUUCGAGGGAUGUGAGGUUGAAGGAGAUUAUUGAGCGCUUUCGCAUAGUCGAAUCGCCUAGACGACCAGUAUCAGUAGCAAGGACCAAGCAAGACGAGUGUUAUUGGCUAGCUGGACAAGUAGAUCUCGAUUCAACAUCACCAGCGCCGCUUCGAGGCAAGGAGGAAGAAGGAGCGGGAGAGUAUCUGAUAUACGGAUGCAUGCAUGUUCCAUCAGCCCGACUAGAUGCUUUAUGGAGCCGUCGAGUGACCCGGACAACACAACUGAUUGUGACAGCCGUGUCUACUCCGCCAAAGUAUCCAUUGAAUGCGAUACAGGAUGCAGCGACAUACACCGCCUCCUCAUCCACCACCGCAGCAAAGUCCGGAGGUCCAGCAGGAAGCGUAGAGAAAGUAGAGGCUUCAAGCGCAACUCUCUCUUCCUCCUCCUCCGCAAACCUCUCGACAUCUCAGACUGCAGCAGCAGUAGCAACUGCAACAAGUGAUCUCGGUCCACCAGGAUCAACAAACCUACAAUUCACAUUGCAGAGAGAUACAGGAAGGUGGUUUACAGAAUACAGCUAUUCCGUCGAUGAUGCCUUGUGGGGGUUUAGAGUGCUACACAACUUUGCAUAUCCCUCGGACCCCUCUUGCUUAUCCUCCAAUAGUGAUGCCGUACACUCAACAGAAUCCGUCUCAACUUCAGCGCAGACAGCAACAGAAGUGGACACGGAUGCGGGAGGAGGUCUAAGAGGCCGCUUCUCAGCAGGAGCAGAAGUCUUUGUCAGUGCUGUCGAGAAGAGUGCUGGUCUCUCUACCGGCAUUCGAUUCUCCACGCUACCAGAUACACCAUCUUCUUGGACACUGCCAAUCAUCAGCCCAGACUGCACCCCUGAAAAAGGCCCAUCGCAACCUCCCACAGUGAUCACGGCAACACUGAACCCAAUGAUGGGACACCUGAGCACAGCGUAUGCAGCUAGGAUGGCCAAAGAUGUGGUGGUGUGUAGCCGCUUCGAUUUCAACGUUUAUAGCUACGAAAGUGAAUGGUCUCUUGGUGGAGAAUAUUGGUUGAGAGGCAAUACAGGUGGGCUAGGGCAAAGCGACAUGGUGCAACCGGUACUUGCUGAGACUAAAGAAUCUACUUGUUCGAGACCUGUGAUUGCCUCUUCUCCAAACCUAUCAUUGCGAGAUGCAGGAUCACCAAGGACCAACUUUUCAGACGAAACUGCAGCACCAGAUGGCAAAACUGCAAGUGGAUCGCUAGAACCGCAUGAAACUCUCUCGCCGCCUUCCCAUCUCUGCCCAGCAAUGCCACCACAGCUAGUCACUGCUCCUGCUUGCAGCGCACAUUCCAAGAUGCUCUCUCCAAUCACAGGUGUCCUCAAAGCGCGCAUCUCGACCACUUCCGACAUUCGUUUACUCUGGCAAGGCCGUUUAUCCAACUGUCUUGUCUCGCUAGGCGUCAAAGCAGAUCUUUCAUCCACCUCGCUCUCGCCUCAUUCGCGCAGCACAGCAUCUUUGCAUGCAUCCCACGGCAAAAUGGGCAUAGUAAAAAGUCUCGGUCUGGAAGUAAUGUAUUUCUCCGCCCCCGAAGAGAUCGAUUAG